UGUAUAAUGGUAUAUUAUCUGGAUUCGUUAACAAACUUAAUGCUUUAGCUGAGUCAAAUAUAUCUUUAGAACAUAUGCACAUAUAUUUUUCACGUGCUGAAAACUGAAAGCGAUGUCGUUCAUAACUUUCACUCUGACACCUUUACAGAUAUUUUGUAAAUAAUUUUCCUCUGAUGUAUUGUAAAAUAUAUAACAUUUAAAAUGACGAUAUUCAACGUCGACCCCGAUAGUGAUACAGUGGUGAGUCGGCGACCUUAUCAGGAUGUUAUUGCCAUUAACGAACUAUCAGAUUUGGAUGGUUUUGAAACACGUCAUAGGAAAAGAGUUACCAUGGAAAACACCGAACCUCCUCGCUUUCCCUGGCUUCGAACUGAAUUUAUCCAAGAAAUGGAAGAAAGAAAAAAAUAUCUUGGGUAUCUUAACGGCACAGGCGAAAACGCGGGGAAACCAUCCUCCACCUCUCUAGAUGCCAAUGUGUACGCCACUAAGAAAACGAUUGCCCAGGGGUUGCUCGAUGUAGCACUCUUGACAGCCAACGCGUCACAACUCAAGUAUCUUAUACAAGCCGGCAAAGAACACGAAUUUUACUACGUCAUGAUGACGCUCAUCAGUCUUUCAAUCAUACUGCAGAUGUGCCUGGGAUCUGUGCUGAUCAUCAAAGGACGGACGGACAUUAAUGACCCGAACCAACAAAAACGAGCAGAGAGACUGAACGAUGCAGCCGUCUGGUUGGUCUUCACAUCUACGGUUAUUCACACAUUUCUCUCGGUUUUUCACAUCACUCCCGAAGUUCAACCUUCUUUCUAUUCUGCAAAUUGGACAGCUACGACCACCCCCAACCCAGAUUAUGAACGAUAACAACAAAAAUUGAAAUUGGUGUAACAAUCUUCCACUAUGUGCGUCAAGUGAACAGUGACUAUUAUUCUAAAAACGAAUGAAUGGGUCAAAUUUUGAUAGAUUUUUAUGAUAUUUGAAAAUUUUCGGCGACUUCAAAACCUAUCGUGAUCUACUGCUCUUCAACGAUUUUUAUAAUUCAAAUUCUACAUGACUCCUAUGGAAUCCUUUCAUACGAAUUAGUCAUUUAUAGAACUUUGAUACGAAUAGAAUGCAUAGAUUUUUAAUGAAUGACAAAAUAAAUUUCAAAGUAUUUAUGGUGACUAUAGACUUGAAAAAUUUUAUUGAUGAAAUAUGACCCUAGAAUUCUAUGAAGAUUAUCAAUUAAUGUCAAAGAAGUAUUUAUAGAUCACGCACAAAUAUGUAGCGUAGAUUCUAAAUAUUUUAUUCAUUUCCUUAAACGAUAUUUAAAAGUACUCUGUGCGUUUAUUUCACAACUCAUGAUUUAAUAUGUGACUUUAAUCGAAUGAGACGACAAGAGAUUGCCAUUUGAAGAUAAUUUAAUUCAUUUAUAUCAAUUUUAAACGUCGAGCUUGUUCUCAAUAUUAAUUUAACACUUAUAUCAUUCUAUUUGACUUGGUAUACUUGAAAAUAACCGACUAUAAAGGUUUGAUAUUGUUUUAUCUUUUCAGAAAUGUUGUAUCUUUUUGUGUCAAUUUCUAGAUCAUCAGAUGUGUGAAUAUGUAUUGUGUAUUAAUAUACAGAAUGUAUUGUGAAAUUUUAUUUUUUACAACCGGGUUUCUUGAACUUUAGACUGGAAACCUAAAUGAUAUCAAUAGAAUUGCCCUCUUAUUAGAACUCUUAUAUUGAACAAUAUAAGGUUCGUGGCAUAUUUUUCAGGCAUGGCAUCUAUAAGAUUCAUCAAUAUUUGCCAAUAAAAUUUUUCAUAGAAUCACCUUAUUUUAAAAUGUUCAACUUAAAUCAAUGAAUUAAUAUUUUAGAAUGAAUUUAUUUUACCCAUCCUUAAUUGUAUUUUAAUUUUAUAAUUACUUUUGUAAUUUUUGAGAGUUAACGAAAUCAGCCAUUCUGUACCAUAGUCAAAUUAAGAAGAAAAUAUCUCGAUUGGUGUUUCUUUGUCUAAACUAUUAUGCUAUAUCAACAUGAGAUCUCUUGAAUUUCCGUAGAAGAAUACAUAACGGAUGGCCCAAAGUUAGCCUGGCUCGAUAAGUUGGCGAGUAUAACUUAAGAAUCACAUGAUAACAGACAAAUCUAUGAUUGAUAAGUUGGGAGAAUUUGAAUUUAAGUUGGCCAGGUUUGGCGGCGUUUCGAUACAUCAUAACAACAAUUCGCCGCCUAUGCUGUACGAAAAAAUUCGCCAAUAUAGGGACAUAUUCGCCAAGUUUAGCACCGUUGUAUUUAUAAUAACUCUAUAAUUUCUGUACCACUGGUUCUCAAUUUUAACUUUUUAUCCUCUCUGUAAAUACACUUUACUGUCUAAGGUCGAGCGUCAAACACCAAUUCGCCAAAAAAAAAAAAAAAAAAAAAAAAAGAGUUGCGGGUUUAAAAAGUUUAAGAAACCCUGUUCAAUAUUGUGUUUUAAACUUCUCACACUUUCAUCUUCUUAUUUAUAUAUAUUUCUGUGUACUCUUUUAUAUUUAUUGCAUGAAUUUAUCUUCAAUAAUUUUAAAUAUGAAUAUUUUAUAAAUGUAUAACUUCAUUCUGUUCAAUAAAAACUUUAAUCGCUAACCAAUGUUUUUAUAUUGUGACGGAUAACAACAGUCUUUAAUUUCUGUGUCUUUAGUAUAGGCCUCAAAAAACGUUAAAAAAUUAUUUUUUAAUUUUCACUAAUUCGAGGUGCGGUGAAAGUAAAAACGACGAUCUCAAAAUAUCCUUGAUUCAACCGAAUUUUUUUUAAAGUAAUCUAGCGUCUCUGAAAUAAUUGUGUGAAACGUUCGAUACUGAUUCUUAUAUAUUUGCAAUUA